AUGGCCUUUGGAACACCGUUUGUAGGAACGCAGUAUGAGCCGAAGAUCUCCGCUGCCUGUACUUUGAAUUCCCAAAGCAGCCGAAGCUAUCAGCAGGAAGGGGAUAUCAUUUUGGGAAUUCUUAUUGAGCUCUUCUUACACAAAAUGACCACGGAUGAAAUAUUCAUGGAAGAACCUUUAACAUUUGUAAGAUGUAUUGGCUAUUCUCCUCAAUAUUACCGGCACUAUCUGGCAGCCAUAUUUGCUACAGAAGAGAUCAACAAGAACCCUGAUAUAUUACCAAAUAUCACCUUAGGUUUCCAUAUUUUUGACACAUGUUCCAGCGAAAGAGAAGCACUGGCAGAUAUUAGUUAUGGAACUCCGGAUUCCAGCUUCAGUGAUAGAAUACAUUUUCCAACAUUUUACAGUACUAUGACCAGUGAGAACACUCAGAAUAAAGCCGUUAUUCACCUCCUCAAAACAUUUAACUGGACGUGGGUGGGAAUUUUAUCAUCAGAUGAUGCCGAUCGCCACGUAAGGAAUGAAAAACUAAAAGCUAAGAUCAUUGACAGUGGUGCUGCUUGUGUUGAAUUUUUCAGUGUAGUUAAGGAGAAAGAUCCUGGUAACUUGUAUGUCCUUAAGAAAACAAUAGAAAAGUCAACUGCAAAUGUUAUCAUAGUGGACAUAAACAUGAGGUAUUUUAUUGAUAUUCUCUGGAGCUUGGCAGAUAACUCUGAAAGGAAAAUCGUUUGGAUAUCUUCCAUUGUCACAUCGAGCGUACUGGUAAACUACCAAAUGAAAGCAUUAAAUGGAUCCCUACUUUUAGCGUUACCCCAAGGGGAGAUACCUGGUCUGCAAGCGUUCAUUUACGGUGUAAACCCUUUGACAUUUUCAAGGGACCCUAUAACUGCCUCUCUGUGGGAUGAAGUAUUUGCUCAACUAAAUGAAAUAGGAACCAUAAAUAACAGAAAUGGCUCUUUGAAAACCCUUGAGCCGUACAUUCCCAGCUUUAACACCUACAGACUGACCUAUAAUACAUACAUAUCUGUGUAUGCUCUGGGACAUGCUCUCCAUAAUAUGUACAUGGAUAGUAUUAGCAACAGGUUGGAUUCUUCACAGUUUUUGGACACUUUCAAGCCAUGGAAGAUCCCUCAUUCUACCUGCAGCAAGAACUGCCAUCCUGGUUCAAGAAAGAUUCUAAUCAAGGAGAUGCCAGUUUGUUGCUAUAACUGUAUUCAGUGCUCAGAAGGAGAAGUAUCUACUGUUUCUGAUAUGGAAAACUGUGUGAGAUGUCCUAAAAUCCAGUGGUCGAAUGAGCAGAGAGAUAAAUGCAUCAUGAAGACCUUGGACUUUCUCUCUUUUGAGGAUCCUUUAGGACUGUCUCUGGCGUUUAUGGCUAUUUUUCUGUCUAUAUUAGCAACAGCAGUCUUAAUCAUCUUUAUAAAGUACAAACAUACAACUAUAGUGAGAGCAAAUAACAGAGAGCUUAGUUAUUAUCUUCUUAUCUCCCUGAUAUUGUCUUUUCUCUGCUCUUUAUUAUUUAUUGGUUGGCCAAUGAAGGGCACCUGUUUAUUAAGACAAGUUGUAUUUGCUAUUACCUUUACCUUCAGUAUCUCCUCGGUGUUGGGCAAAACUCUUACUGUUGUAAUUGCCUUCAAUGCUACUAGGCCUGGAAGCAAAUUAAGAGUCUGGGUUGGUACAAGGAUCCCAAAAUGCCUUGUGUUGCUUUGCACUCUUGUAGAGAUUUUUAUCUGCUCGUUGUGGCUGAUCAUUUCUCCCCCAUUUCCAGAGUAUGACACUGAGUCCCACACAGCAACAAUGAUUUUGCAGUGCAAUGAAGGAUCGGCUUUUGCUUUCUACACUGUUGUUGGCUAUAUUGCAUUUUUGGCUUUUAUAUGCCUCUUUGUUGCUUAUCUUUCUCGUAAAUUACCAGACAUAUUUAAUGAAGCUCAGUAUAUAACUUUCAGCAUGUUGGUGUUCUGCAGUGUCUGGGUCUCCUUUAUCCCAGCCUAUCUGAGCACCAAGGGCAAGUAUUUGACAUCCGUGGAGAUAUUUGCCAUACUCGCUUCCGGAUCCGGACUUCUUGCCCUUAUAUUUGUACCCAAGUGCUAUAUCAUUCUUUUGAAACCUGAACAAAACACUAGAAUAUAUUUAAUACAAUUAAAAAAUAAAUAA